AUGGCUGCAGCUGGGCCCUACAAGUGGGCUCACUUGGAGAACAUCGGGGAUGUUUACACCCCUCGAACAGGACACGCAGUUGUAAACGAGGACGGUGUCUUCUACCUGUUUGGAGGCACUGAUGGAGCUGCUCGACAGAGUGACGUCCACGCGUACAACGUGGAAACCAACCUAUGGCAAGAGAUCCGCGCCUCCGGCCGUGCCCCUCCGGCCCGCAGUGGAGCGCAGGCGGUGGUCUGGAAUGGAAAUGUGUGGUUCUUUGGAGGCUACACCAAGAAGGAGAGGAAGGAGCAGCUGAAGGAGGGGAAUCACAGUCAGUUGUGGUUUAAAGAUGCAUCACAAUAUGCACCUUCCACAGACCUGGCUGCAGCCUUGCAACGGGUGCAGAGCUUUCCACAAGGGAGCGUUGACUAUGAUGCAGCGGUCAUCGCGUGUGGUCGAGCGGUGGAGUGGCAGUGGGCUUUGCAGCUGCUGACGUGGUCCCGUGGCACAGGGUGCGUUCGUCCACCCUGCAAUCCGGCGAUUUCUGCUUGCGCUCGGGCAAUUCAGUGGCAACGUGCUGCGUUGCUACUGCGGACUAUGCAGCAACGAGGACCACAACCUUCCGUGAUCACUUUUGGAGCUGUCCUUGAUGCAUUUGCCAAAGGAGCAGAAUGGCGAAGAGCGCUUCAUCUCUUCAAUGCCAUGCGCCCACGAUAUUCAGUCGCCCCUGACCACGUGGCGGCCACUGCUGUGAUCAGUGCAUUGGCUGCUGUAGCUCGAUGGGAAGAUGCUGUGGCACUCUUCGACAAGAACCAUCGAAGAUAUCCAGGUGAUGCUGUGAUGCUAAGCGCUACCGCGGCGGCUUGCCGAAAUGUAUGGGAGGUGUCAUUUGCUCUUCUACAAAUUGGAGUGAGUGCACGCCUUCUGACACCUGCCCUUUGUGGGACCUCCUUGACGGCAUGUGCAUCCCCUUCACUAUGGCCGAAGGCAGCUGCUUUGCUGGCCUUGAUGGAACAGCAGUCUGUGGAGGUGGGUGAAGCGAGCCUUGCGGCAGCGGCAAACGCGUUUUCGAUGUCUUCUUGUUGGAGAGAGGCUCUGGAGCUACUUGUACCAUGGUUUUCGGUGGCUGGAGGCGCCGCGUUGUGGGGAGCCGCGAUCACGGCAGCCUCGCGGGGACAUCACUGGGCGCAGGCGCUGUCUUUGCUUGGCAGGAUGAAGGAUGCCUUGGUUGAAGCCAAUGAGGCCUGCAGCAGUUCUGCCAUGGCAGGCUGCGUUCGGGCAUCCCGAUGGGACUUGGCCUUUGCCCUUUGGCCGGAGCCCAACACAGGUGCUGUCCUGGCGGCUUGCCAACAUGCAGCACUUUGGGAGCAGGCCUUGCACGUGAUUCGCCAGGCCUACCUGGGAGGUCAGCGUGGAGUUGUGUUGCGUGCUUCAGCAAUUGCAGCUUGUGCAGAGGCGUUUCAAUGGUCGUGGGCCCUGAGAUUGCUAUCCCCACUGAGUGCAAGAGAUCCUCUGCCAAACGCUGUGUGCUUUGGAGCUGCACUACAAGCCUGUCGACGAUCCUCGCCUCCCAGGUUUGGGGCACCAGUGGGCACGCGCGCUGUGGCUCCUGGGGGAAGAGAUGCCCCGCCAUGGUCUAGCCCCGGACUUGGUGGCCCACAUCGCCGUCCUCGUAGCCUCCGAAAGGAGUCAUGGACCUUGGACCCGAAUUCUCCUGAAUUUACUUGCAGCAGGUCUCUGGCAUGCCAGAGGCUCUUUGAGCACCGAUGGGACCGAAGGGGAGGUGCUGAGAGCUUCGAGGUUUGA